AUGUUUGAAUGCGCAAGCUGUUACGAUGAGUAUUACUACCAAGAAGACUGCGAUGAACACAUGGACGAUUAUGGCCAUUGGGCCGAAUGCCAGACCUGUGAUCGUCGAUUCCGCACACAUAGAGCUGUGGAGCAGCACAUGAACGCCACCAACCACUGGCCUCGAUACGAAUGCGAAACAUGUACCAGUGAAUUCACUUCGGUUGCUGCGCGAGACCAGCAUAUGCGGGCCGAGAUGCACUUCGAGCGAUACUGUCCUGAUUGUGAUCGACACUUUAUGAACAGGAAUAACCUGCACAUGCAUCUGAAUUCCAAGAUUCACCGCGGCACGACAGUCGUAUGUCCCUUUUGCCAGUCUUCAUUCGGCACUGCCAGUGGUGCAUGUACUCACCUCGAGUCGGGCGCGUGCCCCAACGCUCCAACGCUAAACCGCGAAACCAUCUACAAGGUUAUCCGAGAGAAUGAUCGCAGCGGCAUGAUCACCAACAAACUAAUCGGCUGGAAAGAAGAUGAAGAACGGAACAAGUGGGAAGUCAACCCGAAUGCUUACAAUGGCAAUAGCUGGGAGUGCUACUACUGUCACCGGGGGUUCGGUUCUGCAUCGUCACUGAGAUCACAUCUCAAUUCGCCUGUUCAUAAGCAGAAGGUUUAUCACUGUCCCAACAAGCUGGGAAGCUGUGACAAGCAGUUUACUGCUUUGGCUGCCUUGUUCUCGCAUCUUGAGAGUGAAUCGUGUGGAAUGACGCGAUUUGAGAACGUUCAGAAAGGGUAUCAUGGCAUUGUCACCGGACGAGGUCUCAUUGCCUUCUAG